GAGAACCACUCUUGCUUGCACAUGACUUCCUGCAGCAGGAGCCCCCUAUGCACUUUCCACUUGUCUAUGCUGCCAUCCAGGCUAGAAUCUCUCCACUCAUCCAGCAGUGGAUAGACUCCCUGGACAACUCCCUGUUUGCCAUGCUGAUGGAAGAAGUCACUGCUCUUUGCUCUCAGCCUGGGGACCUCUUCAUGAAUUUGUGCCAGUCUGGAGUGAGAACACAGGUGAAAGUAGGACAUCUGCUGUGAUCCUGAGUUAAAAGGUAGAAGUCUCACUUAUUUUGCACAAGGAGUUCUCCCCUCUACCUGCUCUGUCCUGGGUCUUGGACAAGCAUCUGGAGAGCACUGCCAACUGCGGAACCUCCCUCCAGCAGCAAGAGCCUCAUACCAGCCAUGACAGUGCUGCAGGGCUGCCAGACAGGACUCUAACUCUCCUCUCCACACUAAGCAGGGCUGUUGGGUUUAGAGCCAGUCCUGUGUGGCAGAGUCUCAUGGCUACUUUAGCCCUUAAACAGAAGAUCUGCUCUGCCCCAAACCCUACCUGAUCCCUUCCUCCAUCGUGUAUCCCUUGGCUGCUGACCCAGCCUCAGAAGAUGGAUGGUCCAGUGCUAAGCUGGCUGUUGAAUCACUCCCUUCUCCUUCCACUGGACUCUGCUCAAUAUCCUGAGCUCAGACUUGACCUGCUCGACAGGAAAGGCUCCUGCCUGCAGCUGGCUGCCAUGAGGAAUGUGAACAUCAUCCUGCAGCACUACAACUUCACAGGCAAGCUAACCAACCGGCAGUCUGAGGACGAGGGCAUGGGUCUCAUCCGCACAAUCUUCGUCAUCAUCAGCUGCAUCAUCAUCCUGGAGAACCUGCUCGUGCUGCUGGCCAUCCUGCGGUGUCUGAGAGCCCGCCGCUGGGUCUACUCCUGCAUUGCCAGCAUCACUGUGAGUGACCUGCUUGCAGGAAUUGCCUACCUCUCUAAUCUCUGCCUCUCAGGCAAGAAGACCUUCCAGCUUUCACCUCAGCUCUGGUUCCUGCGGGAAGGCAUCCUGUUCAUUGCGCUGGCUGCCUCCACCUUCAGCCUGCUCGUGACAGCCAUCGAGCGUUAUAGUGCCAUGGUGAGGCCGAUUGCUGAGAAUGAAGCCAGCAAGACCCUGCGCUUACGCGGCCUCAUCAUUUCCUGCUGGCUGCUGGCCCUCGUCAUAGGACUGCUCCCACUGCUGGGCUGGAACUGCCUGUGUGACUUCAGUGCCUGCUCUGUGCUCCUGCCUCUAUACUCCAAGAACUACAUCCUUUUCUCUGUAGUCAUGUUCAGCAUCAUCCUCCUGGGGAUUAUUGGCCUCUACAUCUCCAUUUUCCAACUGGUCCAGGCCAGUUCUAAGCAAACCAGUUCUCGGCACAGCCGCAAGCGUUCCCUGCGCUUGCUUAAGACUGUGCUGAUGAUCCUGGGUGCCUUCAUCAUCUGCUGGAGUCCCCUCUUUGUUCUGUUGCUGUUUGAUGUCUUCUGUGAGACCCAGACCUGCACACACCUCCACAGCCUGGACUGGACCUUGGCUCUGGCCUUGCUUAACUCAGGCGUCAACCCCAUCAUCUAUUCCCUGAGGAGCGUGGAGGUGCGCCGUGCUGUGGGAAGCCUGCUGUGCUGCUGCUGUGUCAGGGCUGGGCUUUGCAAGCCUGGGAACUGCAUGGUCAUCACAGAUAUCAACUCUGGCUCAUCCACAGAGAGCUCACUGCGCUACCGGGAGAGUUUCCGCAGCUCUGUGGCACUGAAUGCUAGGCCCAGAGCACCUCUCUCCAGCAACUCCAGCAUGAUGAGCAAUCUCCCCAGCCUCUGAGAGGCCAUGGGAAGAGCAAGAGGUGCCAGAUAGCUCCCAGGACCUCAUUCUGCUGGU